CGGCCCCGGCCAUUUCGUUCCGUCCCCCCCCCGGCUCCGUCCCGUCCCAGCCCCUCUCGGGCCGUUCCGGGCCAGGCAGGGCCGGGCCAUGGAGAGCCCCGUGGGCAGCGGCUCCCUGAGGGGCGACAUCAGUUUUUGGGCCGAUCGGACGCCGGUUCACGAGGCAGCCAGGCAGGGAGAGAUCCUCCAGCUGCAGCAGCUGAUCGAGAGCGGCGCCUGCGUCAACGCCGUCACCUACGACUCCAUCACCCCCCUGCACGAGGCGAGCCUGCGGGGCCAAACGCAGUGUGUCAAGCUCCUGCUGGCCGCGGGAGCCCAGGUGGACGCCAGGAAUAUCGACGGCAGCACCCCGCUCUGCGACGCCUGCGCCUCGGGGAGCAUCGAGUGCGUGAAGGUGCUGCUGUCCCACGGGGCCAAAGUGAACCCUCCCCUCUUCACGGCCUCCCCUCUCCACGAAGCCUGCAUGAACGGUAGCUCAGAGUGCGUGCAGCUCCUCAUCGACGUCGGUGCCAACUUGGAGGCCCACGACUGCCAUUUCGGGACUCCCCUACACGUGGCCUGCGCCAGGGAGCAUCUGGACUGCGUGAAGUUGCUGCUCAAGGCAGGGGCAAACGUGAACGCUGCUAAACUCCACGAGACGGCCCUUCACCACGCAGCAAAAGUGAAAAACGUGGACCUGGUGGAAAUGCUGAUUGAGUUCGGAGGAAACAUCUACGCGAGGGACAACCGAGGCAAGAAGCCAUCGGAUUACACCUGGAGCAGCAGCCCCACAGCAAAGUGCUUCGAGUACUACGAAAAAACUCCCCUGAGCCUCUCACAGCUCUGCAGAGUUACGGUGAGGAAAGCUGCCGGGCAGCGGGCGCUGGAGAAGAUUGCCAAGCUAAACAUCCCUCAGCGAUUAAUCCAGUACCUGUCCUACAACUGACAGGGCUGAAGGUGACCGGCAAAGGACAGGACAGUGGCUUUAGCUCGCACAGCAUGAAGCAUCCGUCUCUUUCUCUUCUACCUCCCCACGAGAAAUGAAUUUGAACCGAAGCAAAACCCCGAUGUAAAUAAGUAUUCACGAGGCAGCACCUCGCUCCCCUCCCUCUUCUCUGUUUCGGGCAGAGACGGACUCGAGGCAAGGUGCAGCCCCGACCUGCAGCCCCAGCCUCUCCCUGGGGGAUCUCUGAGGCUGCCGCCGCGUUCCAGGCUGCAGUGCUCACUCUUGGCACGGGAUUAGCCUCGCCUAAUUUUAGCCGUCCCUCUCCUUAACGCGUCUCUGGGUGAUCUAGCCAGGCUCCCUUUGCAGGCAGCGGAGAGAAAUGGAUACUCGGCGAGCGUGAUUCAUGUCUCCUGUUUUAGAUGGCUGCGUUGGGAUGCUCCACGGUGCUUUUGGAGCGCCUGUCUGCUGCCUGCAAAGGGAUUUAGAGGUGAUAACACUCGGACACGGGUGGCUGUGCUUUUGAAAGGGAGCCUCGGUGUUAAAAACUCGAGCAAGAACCACCUCAAGCCACGGGACGAGGCUCGUGUGAGCUGUGUGCUGCAGCUGGAGGCGAAUUGCCUCUUGCUUCUGGUGCCUCUGACAGCAGGAACCAGCCCUGGGUCGGGUGCUGUGAGCUGGGAGAGGUGGUGGGGAAGGGAUGAAGCUCCCUGAUGCCCCCGUGGCAAGUCCUGGUGCCGCGAUGAGAGCAAAUUCCUGCCCCGAAUGACAGCACGUGUUCAGAAAUCCUCUAACUCAGGGCUCUCACCCUCCUUCACGCUGGGAAUAACCGGCAGCUUGCCUCCUGCCCGCCGCUCCUGCACCCUUAACAGUGCUCAGCCUCACAACGGAGGGGAAAAUGUUGUAAGCACAGGGUUAAAGAGCUGCCGUGGAGCCGAAUGCACUUUAAUGUUGACCACUAAAUCGCUUCGUUUUUUUAAUUUUUGGUUAGGCUCGUUCCCCCCUCACCCCUUUUGUGGAUUUUUUUUUUUUUCGUGUAGAACUGGCACUGAAAGCUUUGGAGGUUCUGCUCUUUGUAGGACUGUCUGUUACUGUACUACUCUACCUGUUUUUUUUUUUUUGUCUGAAAUACCAGAAAUGUGAAAUUUUCGAGGCGCUCAGGGAAGCUCUGGAGGUGUUUGUUGUGGGAUUCACCCCCGCGUAAAGGUUUUUAGUGUAUCCUUCACCAAAAGCUUCCUCGUUAGGCUGCUUUCUCAACAUUGCCUGAGCUGUUGAAAUACCGAAAAUGGCCAAGUCCACGUUUCCACUGUAAACCCAACCCAAAACCUCUCCCGACCACCCAAAAUAAAGCGACCAGUUCCCUUUCUGUUC